AUGUCAUUUCUCGCAGCAGAACGUGCAGUAGCAAUAGAUGCGGUUCUAAGAGCAAGCCGGGUUUGUCAACAGGUUUUUCGACAACUCGUUGACGGCGAAACCAUUACUAAAUCAGACAAGUCACCAGUAACUGCUGCCGAUUUUGGCGCUCAGGCGGUGGUGAACACAGUUUUACAUAACUCAUUUCCUAAUGAUGCCGUCAUCGGAGAAGAGGAUUCUAAGGAUUUACGCGGGGACACGGGAAAACAGUUAAGAGAGAAGGUUUUAUCCUUGGCCAAUUCUGUAUUGGACAUGCCCCUGGAUGAUAAAAAGUUGUUAGAGGCCAUAGAUCGAGGGUCUCAUCCCGGGGGCGCAAAAGGACGAAUGUGGGCACUUGAUCCGAUUGACGGUACCGAUGGAUUUAUUCGCGGUGAUCAAUAUGCUGUAUGUUUAGCUCUUAUCAUUGAUGGUCACGUCCAACUCGGAGUCAUGGGAUGCCCAAAUCUGCCGGUUGAUAGUAAAGUGCCAGAAGGUGAAAGAGGAUGUUUGUUUGUCACUGUGAAGGGACAAGGCGCAUUUCAGCGAAAUUUCACGUCUGCCGAGGAGACUCAAAUUCACAUGGCUGAUAUAUCAUCACCUUCUGAUGCAUUAUUUUGCGAAUCCGUAACGCCGUCGCAUUCAUCGCACGGGGAUUCAGCAAAGAUCGCAUCAUUACUGAAUGUCACCAAACCACCCAUUCGCAUGGAUAGUCAGUGUAAAUAUAGUACCGUCGCCAGGGGCGAUGCAGAUAUAUAUUUGCGGUUGCCUACCUCAAUGCAUUAUGAAGAAAAUAUUUGGGAUCAUACAUCGGGAAGUUUACUUGUUCAAGAAUCUGGUGGUAUCGUAACAGAUAUUUACUCCAAACCUUUGAAUUUUUCUUUGGGCAGAAAGUUAAAGGAAAACAAGGGAGUAAUAGUGGCCCACUCCAAAAUUCAUUCACAAGUAAUUAAGGCAGUUCAAAAGGUUUUAUUUGGUGAAUGA